GUAGUUCAUCAGACUGGACUCAUAGUGCCGCUGUUGGUCAAUAUGUCAGUUUAGAGAGCAGAUCUGCUGCAGUUCCACCCCCAUCAUCACCAUAUUAUUAGAGAGAGACAGGAGCUGAGAGCACAGUCUGAGAAGGAGAGAGAAGACAAAUCACGGAGAUACUGUAUUUACUAUCCUUUUCUUUGACUUACAGACUUUUUUGUUAGUUCUCGUCACUUUGGAGUUAUACAUAAUUUCCUCCAGCUUUUUGGAUUGUUUUAUUUGCUUUCUGUCUUAAUCUUCUCUUCUAUGGUCUUCUGCAAAAUGUCGGACAGAACAAUGGCGCGGCAAGUACUGCUGUUUAUUUGGUUUCUCUCUCUCAGUUCGGCUCUCGGGCAGGUCAGUUACUCCAUUCCUGAGGAAAUGGCGAAAGGCUCUUUAGUCGGGAACAUAGCGCAGGAUUUGGGUUUAGAUUUAAAGAGACUGAAAUCGGGUAAAGCGCGUAUUUUUACAGGAGACAGCGCUGAAUACAUCGAGCUGAAUAAAGAAAGAGGAGUCCUCCUUAUCAAAGAGAGAAUAGACCGAGAGGCGCUAUGCGGACAGACAACGCCUUGCGCGCUACAUUUUCAGAUUAUUCUUGAAAACCCAAUGGAAUUUUACUCAGUUACACUCGAAGUUACAGAUAUAAAUGACCAUUCGCCAUCUUUUAAACGAGCUGAGAUGAAAUUCAGAAUUAGUGAGUCAGCUGCAACUGGGGCAGUUUUUGUUUUAGAGAGAGCGAUGGAUUUAGACGUCGGAAUAAACGGCCUUCAGACUUAUAUAUUAAAGCCUACUGAUAACUUUUCUUUAAAAUUACAAAGUCAGGCAGACGGUAGUAAGCUAGUAGAAAUGGUUCUUCUAAAACCUCUCGAUCGUGAAAAGCAAGACCAUUUGUCUUUGGUUCUGACAGCGAUAGAUGGAGGUGAUCCACAAUUGUCUGGUACUGCGCAGAUACUUAUUACUGUUUUAGAUGCUAACGAUAAUGCGCCUGUUUUUACUCAUAAAACAUAUAAAGCGAGUAUCACCGAGAAUGCUUUUAAAGACACAGUUGUGACGAUUGUGAGCGCUUCUGAUUUGGAUGAGGGAUCUUACGGCAAAAUUACGUAUGCUAUUACAAAUACCCUCGACAAUGUUCCGGAGUUGUUUGAAAUGAACGAAACAAACGGUGAGGUGAGAGUAACGGGGAAUAUAGAUUACGAGAAAGCUCGCCACUAUCAAAUUCAUGUGCAGGCCAGCGAUGACGGGGGUCUGACUGAUUCUUGUAAAAUCGAUGUGGAUGUGAUUGAUAUAAAUGACAAUAAACCACAGAUCAACAUCAUGUCUAAAUUAACCACAAUAUCAGAAAACUCUAAUCCUGGAACUGUUGUAACAAUGAUAAACGCACAAGACCCAGAUGCAGAAGAAAACGGUAAAAUUGUGUGUUCAGUUGAUGAGAACAUUCCCUUUACUCUGAAGUCGACAAAUGGCAAUUUCUUCAGUUUAGUCACAGAUGGUGAUUUAGACCGAGAGCGCGAGUCUGAGUAUAACAUCAGUGUGACGUGCGCUGAUGAGGGCGUGCCCUCUCUCUCCAGCAGCGUCACUCUCUCCUUACAGAUAUCAGAUGUGAAUGAUAACGUGCCUGUCUUUGACAAGAGCUCAAAUGAGGCCACUGUUCAAGAAAACAACACACCGGGUCUUUCCAUAUUCACAGUCAGAGCCAGAGACGCAGAUUUUAACCUGAAUGCCCGUAUGUCUUACAUGCUGGAGGACUCGUCGGUUAACGGAGUGCCCGUCUCCUCGUUAGUGUCCGUUAGUGCUGAUAGUGGAGUCAUACACGCAGUGCGAUCUUUCGAUUACGAGCAGAUCAAAGCUUUCGCAGAUCAAAGAUUUCCAGUUCCGCGUAAAAGCGCAGGACGGAGGAAACCCUCCUCUCAGCAGCAACGUGAGCGUGAAAAUAAUGAUUCGGGACCAGAAUGA